GAGAGAGAGAGAGAGGGGAGGGGAGAUGGGUAGUGUGGGGAAAGGGGAGGCCAUUUUAAGGCAACUAAGUGGGAAUGGGGAUGGAGGUGAAGGUUCAAAGAGGUGGGGGAAGAGGAAAGGUGGUGGAAAUGGAUAUGGAAAUGGAAAUGGAGGAGGAGGGGUGGUGGUGGGGAAGAAGAGGGUGAUGGUGGUGAUAGAUCACAGCACAGGGGCAAAGCAUGCAAUGAUGUGGGCACUCACCCAUGUCACCAACAAAGGAGAUCUCCUCACCCUCCUCCAUGUCCUUCCCCAUCACCACCACCACCACCACACAAGCAGAGGAGGAGGAGGAGGGGAUGCUCCUCUUCUUGCUAACUCCCUUGGCUCCCUCUGCAAGGCCUGCAAACCUGAGGUGGAGGUGGAAGCACUAGUGAUACAAGGGCCAAAGCUGGCUACUGUGCUCAGCCAAGUGAGGAAGCUGGAGGCUUCUGUGCUUGUUUUAAGCCAGACCAAGCCCUCACCAUUUCCCUGCUUGAUUAGGAGCAGCAGGGAGGAGUUUGUGGAGGAGUGCAUCAACAAAGCAGACUGCCUGACCCUGGCUGUGAGGAAGCAGAGCAAAGGUGUGGGUGGCUACCUGGUCAGCACUAGAUGGCAAAAGAACUUCUGGCUUUUGGCUUAAAGCUUUUCAAGACUGCUUUUCCCAACAUCACUUCCCCCCAACCCUCCAUCCUCUCUACUCUCUCUAUUAUCUCUCUAACCAAUAACUAUAACCUCAUCUCUACUGUGUACCCUCCUCUCCAUGUAAAGCAAAAGACUCUUGAUUCUGAACACUACAUCAAUCACCACCACCACCCCCCCUUGUGUAUGCUUGUUACCAUGUUUGGUCAAGGUUACUUAUUAUUGGCAUCA